GACUGUUAACCUGUAACUUGUUUCAACUUUUAAUUUGUAACAGAAACUUGUGACAAAUAGUGAAAGUAGCGUUAUUUACAUGAAGGUCUUAAUUCAAAUACAAGAAAUAAAUUAAAAUAACUACUACACAAAUCAUGCCUGCGUGGAAAUGUGGUAAAAAUGCUAAAAGCACAUCGCAGUUGAAUUGCAAUUUAAAUUUUCAAAUAUUUUGUAGAGAAACGAACUGGCCGUUAUGUUACAUCUAUUAAUAAUAAAUCAAAGUCUUACUGAUUAAUAACUUACGAAAGUAAAAUACAAAAUAUUCGUAAAAUGGAUUCACAAGCCCAAAACAAAAAGAAAACUUAUGCCUGCCUGUUCGCUGGAUGUACUUCUGUAUUUAAUAGGCCUUAUAGAUUAGCACAGCAUCAACUGGUCCACAUCGAUGUCAAACCUUUUGCAUGUAAUCAACCAAACUGUACUAAAGUAUACACAAACAAAAGCCACUUAGAUCGACACAUCAACAGCGUCCAUAAAGAAAGUGUAAAUGAUUUCCUUUAUUGUUGUCCAAAAUGUAUGAAAAAGUAUGCAAAUCGGCAAAAUUUAAAGCGGCAUAUAAAAGUAAGUCACACAAGUAACAAGAAGCAUUUUUUAUGUGACAUGUGCAAAUUAUAUUUCAAAAAAAAACAUCAAUUGCGUAGCCACAUGCAUGUACACAAUGGAAUAAAACCAUUUAGAUGUCUUCUCUGUGAAAAGGACUUUGUCACUCUGUAUGAUAAAAAGAAGCAUAUGAAAAAUCACAAAACAUAUGAGUGUGACCAGUGCAACAUGAAAUUUAAUCGCUGGUCAGCUUUGAUCACACAUAAAAAAAUAGUCCACCGGUCACGUGAGUACAUAUGUGACGACUGUGGUAAAGUUUUUAAGGAACGAUCACAUAUAAUACGACAUAUUAAAAAACACAAACCAAAUGCACUUAAAUCAAUCUAUUUUUGCCCAUAUGAAAACUGUCACAGGCAUUAUUCACGUAACAGUAAUUUAAAACAACAUAUAAGGGUAAAACAUGAAGGUCAGACAUUUGACUGUUCGAUUUGCCAAGCUAAAUUAUCCACAAAGGCAAAGUUAAAGAAGCAUAUUGAACAACAUUCUCGACCAGAAUUAAUGUUAAGAAUUCAAAAAACAUUGGAAACUGGCCGAAAAAAAAGAAAAGAUGAAAAUAUUUUUAAAACUUCAUCUGCACUUAAACUAGCCGGUAUUAUCUGCAAAGACAUCGAAGAAGUUACCAUACCUCCUAGUGAAAACGCUGUUGUGAAAUGUUAAAAGCUUUAUUAUUUAAGGUCGAA